GAGGGCGGAUCGAGGUAGGUUGCUCGGGAGCUGGAGGGACGGUGGCAGCCAUGGACGUGCCGAUCAUGCAUGCCAGUGACCGCUACGAGCUCGUCCGAGAUAUUGGCUCGGGCAACUUCGGGGUGGCUAGGUUGAUGCGAGACAAGGACAACGAUGAGCUCGUUGCUGUUAAGUACAUUGAGCGAGGUGACAAGAUAGAUGAAAAUGUUCAAAGAGAAAUAAUAAACCAUAGAUCUUUGAGACAUCCCAACAUUGUGAAGUUCAAAGAGGUCGUUCUAACCCCGACCCAUCUUGCCAUCGUCAUGGAAUAUGCCUCCGGUGGAGAGUUGUUCGAGCGGAUCUGUAACGCCGGCCGUUUCAGUGAAGACGAGGCACGAUUCUUCUUUCAGCAACUGAUAUCGGGAGUGAGUUAUUGUCAUGCAAUGCAAGUUUGCCAUAGAGAUUUGAAGUUGGAGAACACAUUGCUCGAUGGAAGUCCGGCCCCACAUCUUAAGAUCUGCGACUUCGGCUAUUCUAAGUCGUCGGUGUUGCAUUCUCAACCAAAAUCGACCGUGGGAACUCCAGCUUACAUAGCUCCUGAAGUGUUGCUCAAAAAAGAAUACGAUGGGAAGAUUGCUGAUGUUUGGUCUUGUGGGGUGACAUUGUAUGUCAUGUUGGUUGGAGCAUACCCUUUCGAGGAUCCCGAGGAUCCUAAAAAUUUUCGCAAAACCAUUCAGAGAAUUUUGAAUGUUCAAUACUCCAUUCCCGACUAUGUUCAUAUAUCUCCCGAUUGUCGACAUCUCAUGUCUAAAAUUUUUGUUGCUGACCCAACCAAGAGGAUAUCAAUACCAGAGAUCAGAAACCAUGAAUGGUUCUCAAAGAACCUACCGCCCGAUCUGGCGGAGGAGAAGACUGCAACCACUCAUAAUAUUGUGGAGGAGGAUACCCAACCGCCGCAAACCAUCGAAGAAAUCAUGCAGAUCAUCCAGGAAGCUGCCGUGGAGGCGGUCGGAGCUCAGAGCCCGAAUGGCCAGUAUCUGACCGGGAGUUUAGACAUCGACGAUGACAUGGAGGAGGAUUUGGAGUCCGACGUCGAACUCGACUUGGAAAGCAGUGGUGAGAUUGUUUAUGCAAUGUAGCCGUUACAAUAUCUGACCGAUAACUAUUGUGUGUACGAAACUUUUUUAAAACAUUUCGAUCUUAAAAAUUAUCAUGAACUUAACGUUUUGUGGUCUCUUUAGCUGGCA